CGCGUCGACGCGUCAAUCAGGCAGUGGGCUCGGUGAGGCGUGAAUUUCUUUGGGAAUUUGCUGCAGAAUAAGACGAGGAGAGCAGAAGCUAUGGCUGCAGAGACCCCCAAAGCAGAGGUAUUGGUGGGGCUCGGGCAGGGCAGCCACGUGGACAUCGUCCGCACCGCCGAGGGUGGCCAUGUGACGCAAAUCCGCACGAUUCCCUAUUGGAAGCCACAAGCCGAGAAGCUGAAACCGCUGGCGUUGAAGGGGAGCCGUGCCAUGCACCAGAGCACGCUGAACCUCGAGGAUGGACUAUCGGGGGCAGACUACACGACCACGCACAAAUACUUUUAUUCAGGAAAGAACUGCAAGGAGGACCCCUCGAAGCCCCUGGUGAUCAGACAGGCCCAGUGCAGCUCCCAGCACCACCGCUCACCGGGCCCGCUGGGCCCCCUGACGGAGGUCGAGCGCCACCAGUCGUACAGCAGAGAGGUCUUUGCGCCCAAGGAGGUCAUACCGCGGCACCUGCUGCACUCCAUCGGGCUGCACAAUCGGAAUCGGAGCCACGAAGGAAAGGCGAUGAGGGAAGUGACGAACCCCCUGGGGGUCCCCGAGAACUACGACACCACCUACUGCUCCGUGCACCAUGGCAGACCCCCAUCUGCGGGCACCGGCGUCACGGGCCACCCCACCCCCUGGCACACCCACGACAUCAUCACAGCGAAAUUAGGCGCAGUCCCUGUGGUGUCAAGAUGUAAAGAACUAUCAAUAAGAAAGGAGAAGAAGAAGUAA